AUGUCACCUGAAAAAAAGAGGACAAGGGAAAAGUCCUGCCAAGCUGAGGUAUCCUCAGAGGGAGACAUUGGAGGCAGCAUUAGUGAGGCAGCCCAUACUAGCUCUGUGCUCACGAAGGAAGGCUGUGCAAAGGGUUCUGAGGUCUGGUGUCAGAAUUCCAAGACGGCAUCUGAGUGUGGGGCCACUGAACAUUGCCAACAGACUCUCUGGAAUGAGGCAACAGCGAAGAACUUGGUUCAGAUGAAGGCUGGUCCCACUUGUGAGCUGUGCCAGUAUGUUAUCAAAGAGAUCAUCAAAUUGCUGGAGGGCAACAAGACGAAGGAGGAUGUGAUUAACGCAGCAGAGGAAGUGUGCUCAGUAAUCCCUGGCUAUGUAGCUGGGAGCUGCCGAGACUUGGUCGACACCUUUGGCCUGAGUAUUAUGCAUCUACUCCUGGAGGAGAUUGACCCUGACUUCAUGUGUAGUACUCUUAAUGUUUGCCAAGGCAAAAGAUCAGCACAUGCAGUUAACGUAGCCAGGCUCAAGAGCGGUGUCUUCUGUGAGGUGUGCAAAAAGAUUGAUGGGUAUUUGGACCGGAACCUGGAUAAGAACAGCACCAAGGCCCUGAUUCUUUCUGCCUUUGAGAAGGCUUGUAGCAUGUUGCCAGGAGUUUACAAGGAUGAGUGCGAUGAGUUUGUGAAAGAGUAUGAGCCCGUCCUGAUCGCAGCCCUGCAUGAUGAGAUGAGUCCUGAUUCUCUGUGUCUGAAAGUUGGAGCUUGCCCCAAAGCUCCUGCUAAGCCUCUAUUGGGAGCGGAGCAAUGUGUCAGGGGCCCAAGCUACUGGUAUAAGAACAUGGAGACAGCUGCUCAGUGCAACGCUAUUGAGCACUGCAAAAAACAUGAACGGGAUUAGAGGAGCGCUCUUGUG